AUGAGCCACGACCCCAAUCGCCCUAGAGGCCGACCCGCCCACACUCCGGGUGUAACGGUCCUAGCCUACACACCAAAUGGCAAGCACGUCAUUACUGCUGGCUCCAACUCGGCAGUUCGUAUUUACAAUGUUGGUGAUGAUGGUGAACCGAAGACCCUCGACGAGGGUUUCCUGGAUGGAUAUGUAGCAAUUGGUGCCACGAACGAUCAAUUCAUUGUUGGUACCGAGGAUGGACAAGUUUGGCCAUACGAUAUCACGACAGGAAAGAUGGGAGAUCAGCUGGUGCGGUCUGCUCUACCCUUGAGAGACCUUGCAGUCUCCCCGGAUCAACAAUGGGUCGCUGUGGCAAGCGAUGAACUUACCGUGAAACUCGUCAAAAUCGAUAACCAGCUCCAAAUCAAAUACCUUCGUGAACAAACCACAGGCUCGAAACAUGUCACGUUCGAUCCCAGCGGUCGCUACAUGGCUGUAUCCGCCAUAGAUGGCAUUCUCUAUAUCUAUUCGCUCGCCGAAGAGGAACCACAAUUGCUUCGCAAACUGGAUGGUGUCAUUCAAAAACUCGAGCCAUCUGCUGAGGCAACCUCUGCAGCUGUUUGGCACCCCGACGGUACUGCGUUUGCCGUGGCAGAAAGUACAAGAGAAAUCGCAAUUUACUCAGUAUCCGACUGGAAGAAAGAGAAAUUAUUCACUGGCGGACAUACUGGUGACAUCACUGCGGUGAGCUGGGCAUCCAAUGGUACCUUGUUGGUAUCUGCCGGUGCCGAUGGCCAAGUUGUGCUUUGGGAAUCACGCACUCAGCAAGUUCUUCGACGAUUCGAAUUUGCAAACAUUAUCAACUUUGCGUGGCACCCCAAAAACAAAAACACGGCAUCUUUUACCAACUCCGACGGAGAGCUGUUCAUCUACGAUAACUUUGUGCCAAAGGAACAUGAGGCUCAGCUCCAAAAGUCGCUUCAAGCGGCUCCAAUUUAUCCUGGGCCAUUGGGUGAAAUUUCCAACAAUGUCCAGCGAACACUGACUGAUAGAUCCAGAGAUGCAAUCAAGCGGACAGCUCGCGCAGGUUCCCUGGACUCGCUAGAUGACAUCCUUGGGCAAGAUGAGGAUAUGGAAGACUUUGUGGAAGAUGAUGAUGGAGCAGGGUAUUUCGAAGGCACGAAUCAGCAUGGCAAGCGUCCAAAUGGCCAUUUGGACGACUUAGAUGGCCCAGCCAGCAAGCGAGUGAACUCGGGUGCUGUGCAACCAAAAGCCCAUCCUCCUAUCCAGCCUGGUAGCUUGAACUUGACUGGUGCCGUGUGGACUGUGGAUCAAGAAACACACCAUACCGUGACAGUGGAGUUCUUUGAUCAGGAGCUUCAUCGGAACUACCACUUUACUGACCCAUAUCAAUAUGACAAAGCAUGCAUAAAUGAAAACGGAACUUUGUUCUCGAACGACCCUUCGGAUGGACCUGCUACCAUCUUCUAUCGGCCUCAUGAGACAUGGACAACGAGAGCUGAUUGGCGAAUUCAGUUACCUGAAGGAGAGAGCGUGCGAGCGAUGGCACUGAGCGAGUCUUAUGUUGUUGCCGUCACAUCCAAAGAUUAUGUGCGGGUGUACACUCUAUUUGGCACGCCAUUUCGAUUGUAUCGCCAGAAGAGUCAGGCUGUAACAUGUGUUGCCUGGCGAGACUAUAUCAUGACCAUUGGAAACGGCCCAGUAGGGCCCGACGGUCGGCAUACAACUUUGCAAUACACACUUGAGAACGUUAAGCGCGAUGAAGUUUGCCAGAACGAAGAUGUGGUCGCUCUCCCAGCUGAGGCUCAAUUGCAAAGUGUUUUCUUUUCAGACACCGGGGACCCGUGCAUUUACGACUCAACUGGUGUUUUGCUAGUCCUACAACAUUGGCCUGGUGGUCGCAAGGAAGAGAAUUACUGGCCAGUGGCCGUCGCGCAUGACAAGUUCCACUGUAUCAUUCUCAAGGGUGGUGAUAAGAACCCAUACUUUCCACGACCACUCCUUAGCGAAUUUGACUUCCAGGUGCCUAUCUCCAGCAGCGCCGCCAAUGAUCCCGAUGAAACGAAAGAAGCAGCAGACAGUCGCAAAACGUCGUCGAAACUUGAAGAGACGUUUGUCCGCAGCAGUCUACUUCUAUCUCUCUUCCGGGACCUCUUGUCUUCGACCAAUGCACCGGCCAGUCAACGUUCGGAAAUGGCCCGAAAAGAAUUGGAGAUCGAUAAGACCCUGCUGCAGAUGCUGGCCAUCGAAUGCCGAGAUGGUGAAGAGCGCGGUAUGAAGGCGCUUGAGAUCGUGAAGAUGAUGACAGACCGUAACGGCAAGAUGGUUGAAGCAGCAGCCAAGGUGGCCGAACGUUAUGAUCGUGGUGUUUUAGAAGACAAGAUUCGCGAUUUGGCUGAGAGACGGGCGACGGGCUUGGACGAUGAUGAUGACGAAUUGGCGUAG